CCAAACAGCCACCGAAUCAAUCAACACAAAAACUACUUCACUGAAUCAUCAUGUGCGGCCGUUGUCGGUGUUCUAUCCGUCCAGAUGACAUCCCUCGCUCUUGCUACAUCACUAAUCGCCCCGUCCGUUUCCUCGACACUGACCGGUAUCGUCCAGCAUAUAAUGUUUCACCUGGAUCGAACGUUCCAGUUGUUCGAAGAGACUCUGGUGCCGAUGAUCAAGGAGCCGUUGUGCAGUGCAUGAAAUGGGGGCUUAUUCCAAGUUUCACCAAGAAGACUGAAAAACCUGACUAUUAUAGGAUGUUCAAUGCUCGAUCAGAGUCAGUAGGUGAAAAGUCUUCCUUUCGCCGCCUUCUUCCUGGAAAUAGGUGUCUGGUUGCAGUGGAAGGAUUCUACGAGUGGAAGAAAGAUGGCUCUAAAAAGCAGCCAUACUAUAUUCAUUUGAAGGAUGGCCGACCCCUUGUUUUUGCUGCUCUUUAUGAUUCUUGGAAAAACUCUGAAGGGGAGACUCAAUACACCUUCACUAUUUUGACAACAAGCUCUUCGUCAGCCUUAGGUUGGCUGCAUGACAGGAUGCCUGUUAUUUUGGGGAAUAAGGGGUCAACUGAUGAGUGGCUAGAUGGUUCUCCGUCUUCCAAGUUUGAUUCAUUACUUAAACCUUAUGAAGAGCCCGACUUGGUUUGGUACCCUGUGACCCCUGCAAUGGGCAAGCCUUCAUUCGAUGGACCAGAAUGUAUUAAGGAGAUUAAAUUAAAGACUGAGGAUACAAAAUCAAUCUCAUCGUUCUUUGCAAAGAAAGGCACUAAAAAGGAAGAUCAGCCAGAACCUCAACAAACUGAAGAACCAAAUAACCCAAAAGAGGAACCUGAAACUGUAGACAGCAAGAACUACCAAUGUGAUGAAUCAAAGUCCAAUAUACCUACACCAAUUUCUGUGGGUCCUGAAACUUUAAACCUCAAACGUGAGUAUGACGAUUUUUCUUCUGAUAUAAAACCAUUCGUGGAUGUAGCUGACAAGCAGUUUACAAGCCCAGCUAAAAAGAAGGGCAACUUUAAUAGUCCUGGUGAUAAACAGAAGACAUUGUUCUCUUACUUUAGGAAAGGUUAGGCCUUACUUCUAACAAGUUAUUGUAAAUAUACUUGACCUUUUGUUUGUUGUAUUCAGUCACUUUCUGUUUUAAGUCAUCCUUAGUUGUAAGAAUACUGAACAAGCGAACAGUUUCUACCAUUCUAGCUGCCAGUCUUAUGCUAGUAGAACUUUUUACUGGUGGCACGUUUUUGAUA